GUUGUUGUAGCGGCAGAAUUCUGCCGAGUUGACAGUCCUUGGCCGGAUUAAAUCCGGGUCCGUUCCGGUUACGUAGACCCGACUGUCGUGGGAACGGAAGGGACCGUGCUCGGGUGGCACGCCUUGUGUUCUUGUUUGUAACAGUUCGCUGCUACGCAAUUCAGAAUUGCUUUACAUUUUGAAAUUCUUGUCAUGGUUGCAAUAGCGCUCAGUUUCAAAUGAAUAUACCCGGUAUUGAAAUUCGUUAUCAAUUUUUGUAUGUAAUAUGCAAAUAUAAUAGAAAUAUUUUAAAAAAUUGUGAAUAAGGAAAAAAUAAGAUACUCAAAAAUAUUGAAUUUAAAUUUUUAAUAACAUUUGACAGUAUUAAAUGUAAUUAAUAAUAUAUACAUAUAUAAAUAAAUUCUAAUUAAAAUGGAGUUACUUUUAUUUUUUUAUAUUUACAUAAAAUAUAAAGAUGCUUUCAUAUUUAUUUCAUUUAACCACAAAUGAUUUAGUUUGAAUAUCAUUCUACAAGUUAUUUCAAACAAGAAAUGUAAUUAAUUCAUAAAUAUUUUGUAAUAAAUCGAAAAAAUUUCAGGUUUUUAAUAAUAUCCGAUAGAUUAUGAAAUUCCCGUCAUACAUUUGGCCUUGAAAAUGUUAAUAACGGGUAUUCAAUACAUUAUAAUGGAUUAAGGAAUUCCUGUCACAUGGUAUACUAAUCAUUGUUCUACCACUUUUAUGGUAAUUCUUUGUAGGCAAAAUAUGAGACCACUAUCCGUCCCUUCGACAGUUGGGUCUAAGUAACCGGAACGGACCCGGACUUUUAUCCGGCCAAGGACUGUUAACACGGCACCAUUCCUCGAAAUUACUUUAAGAAUGUUAUCUGCCGCUAUUAUAAUACAACAACAAUCACCAUACCAACAUACAAAUGAACUAUGCUCUAAGUGUCGCGUAGCCGAAUCGCACAAACAUUUGCGAAAUUUUUAUAAUAAGGAAUGACAGCUGCUGAACGAACAGAACGACACCAAAAGAAAAUGAGCGUAAAAAUAAUCUUAAAUUUUUUCCUGCAGUAAGUAUUAUUAAGCUACCAGUUUUUAAUCUUAAAUGUAAUUACCCUAUUUGGAACCAAAAAAUUAUUAAGUUUGGAGGCAAAAACUAAUAAUGUAGGAAAAUUGUAGAACAUUGGCGGCUGUCACACGUUCAAUAUUUAUUGUGAUAUUUGGAUCGUGAUCCAUAUGGAUGAAUGAUGCAUCUCGAGUGAAUGCUACACAACACUAGUAAUACUAGACUACACGUUCAAUAAUUACCACAACAGUAUUUAUUCGAAAUAAAUCCAGUUUUUGAAACAAAUAUAUAAAAAAAAUAGUUUUGCUUUAUCAAAUUGUGUAAUUUUUCAUCCGGUUUUUUUAUAAAAUGUCGAAAGAAAACUGAAGAUUUUACAUACAAAAUGCCGUCGAUCGCGCGAUCCGGAUUUAAAAAUAUUGGAUGGAUUACAAUAGAUCAAUAUUGCGUUGUGCAGGCGCCAUUAAGAACACAUCGUUUACAACACUGAAUGUUUGGUAAACAAAGUGUUUUGAUUUUAAUGCAUACUGUAACGGAGUUCAGUAUAAAUCGUCUACCUGUAACUCACUCUUGAAUUCGAUCACUGGAUUGUUAAAUUGAAGUCCAAUUUAAUGGCUAUACACUUAUCUUUACUUUUAUUUCCAACAACUUAACACUUAUUGCUCGAUAUUCGAGUUAAAACUUAUUGCUUAUAGCUUAAUUGCUUUUUACACGGCAACACUCUAAUUGGAACUGUGUCUGCUGCACAAUCCGGCAGCCCUUAUAUAGUAAAUUUUUAACAAAAGUUCGCUACUAGAACAUUCUGGCAACUACGAAUUCGCUGUCUAGUUGCUUCUGGCAGUUUAUCGUCGAUUCUGAUUUGUUCUGGUAUUCGUGUGUGCCACAAUACAGUUAAUUUUACUAACAUUUUUGCUUUAAACAAAAGACUUUAGAUUAUGAAAAUAUAUUUGAUAUGAACCUCAGUUCUACUACAUAUUGCAAGCACAAUGGAAAUGGAUUCGCAUAAGAUAUGUCGUGCGUGUCUAUCGCCCGAAGGACGAGCUCUUCUAUUAGAUUGGUAUCAGCCUGUUGACUCGUUGGAAUAUGUUUUAUCAUACAAAGAGUGUUUUCGCAUAUGUACUCAAAUACCAAUGAGGGAAAAUAAUGAGAGCCAAUACCAAUUUUUGUGCUACUGUUGUGCAAAAAAGCUUAAAGAUGCUUAUAAUUUUAUUGAAAAGGCAAAGCAAGCAGAUAACGAAUUGCGUUGCAUGAAGACUCGGCAUAUUCCAAUUGAAAAUAUGCCAAACAAAUUUGAAUGGGUAUCAGUAAAAGCAGAACAAAUUGAUGCUGAUAAAUCUGCAGAAAAUAUUGAAAGCAAGUGUUGCAUUGACGAUAUACAGAUCAAUAAUGUAUGCCAUGAAAAUGAACAUGGAGACGGUGAUUUGAAAAUAGAAAAUGAAUUUGAACGUCAGUGCUAUGAUGAACAUGCAAGGGAAUUAUUAAAUCAAAAUGGAUCCGACGGCUUCUUUAAUAACACAUUUAAAAGUAACAUUAGAAAAAUCAAAGCUCAUACAAAAACUAAUCAAUGUAAAGUAAAAUUGAAAAAAAUGGAUGAAUUGGUUAAUUGCGAAGAAUGUCAAAAAACCAUGACAAGAAAGGCAUUGAUAAAACAUAAACCACGCCACAAACCUAAAAUUUUCCUUUGCCAAUCAUGUCCAAAAACAUUUCGGGAAUCCAAUGGAUUAAAAAACCACGAACUUAUUCAUCAAGUAAAUAGAGAACGAUAUCCAUGCGACAAGUGUAAUCAAACAUUUUUAUCACCGUAUUCCUACAAAAGACACGUACAAACGCAUGAAAAUGAUAGAAAACCAAUUUAUAAAUGCACACAGUGUGAAAAAUCUUUCCUACAUAAAAACGGUCUAACAACCCACGAACUUCAUCACAAGGGGGCCUCAAUCGAAUGCAAUAUAUGUCAAAAACGAUACGUCCGACAAAUAGAUCUGGAUACUCACUUACGAACCCAUUCUGGAGAAUCUCCAUUUGUGUGCCAUAUAUGCGGAAAAUCAUUUAUUCAUAAACGUAUUCUAAACCGACACUUGCAGUAUCAUGAAUUAUACUUUAGUUAUACCUGCUUGACCUGUGGUGAAAAAUUCUCAAAGUAUGACAAAUACUAUUUACAUCGCAUGCGGCAUACUGGCUUACCUUAUAAAUGUGGUGCUUGUGGAAAACAAUUUCCUGACGCUUAUAAAACUAAGCGCCAUAUUAAAGGAGUGCACAAAAUUGAGAAACACGAUGACUUAGAAAAUCUUGUAGUUAGAAUAAAUAUAACUAAAGAACAUAGAGGCCGAAUAGUGGAAGUUUUAAACAAUCCGGAGGAGGAAAAGCCAACUUAAUUUAAGCAAAGAUAUUUCGUAAAGCCAAUGGUCUAAAAAAUUAUGAACGUAUCGAGAAACGUUUGCGAGCGAUAAAUGAAACAUUCUCAACAACGUAUUCAUAUCAAAACUUAAAGACGCAAUGGAAAUAACCGAAAAUCGAUUUAUGAAGGUUCUCAUGGAUAAAAAUCAUUUCUCCAGCAAUUCAUCAACUUCAUCACAAAGGAUCUGCAAUAAAAUGUAAUAUUUGUGGUAAGAAAAAAGGUCGCGAACGAAGAAUUUUUUUUGUUCAUUUACAACUAUGUAUAUAAACGUCGAAAAAUGUUCACCAAAUUUGUAUUUUUUGUGAAAAUGUCCGCCAAAAUUACAAUGUUCACCUUUUUGUUUUUCUUUCGUUCAAUACCUUGUUUAUUGUCUUAACUCAAACACGUAUUUUUUUCAUUUGAUGAUCUUGUAAGAAGCUCUGCUGUCAACGCGGAGGCACCUUUUUUCGGAGGGACUGCCGGAUGACGUCGUAAUGGCCGAGUUUUUAAUAUUUUCCUUUGAAAAUUUCACAAAAUCUUUGGAAUUAUAAAAAGUUUGAAUAAAAUAUUUAAUUUUAUAAAAAUUUAAAGUAUGUAUACAUGCAUAAAGUGGAGAAAGAUGAGGUAGAAUAGUUUAUUAUAUAAAUAAACAUAACGAAGAAGCAUAGAGGACGGAAGGGAAAUGUAAUGAAAAAAUUAAUUUCAUUCAGUAUUAUUUGAUGAUAACUGUGACUACUCUAAAAUGUUCCAAAAAUCUCUUGAGUUAUAAUAUAAAUAUCGAAUUUCUAUUCUAGCAGCUUUCUAGCAGAAAUGAAA